AGUACAUCACAUGCAAUAGUUCAUGAUAAGAAAUGACACAGUUUUUUGGCACACAAAGAUAUCCGAUAUAGAUAAUCUUCUGUGAGAAAGUUAAGUGACUCAUUUUUAUAGGCACUGAAAUGAAGACAGUCUUAAUCUUCACUGUCUUGGGCGCUUUGGCUGCUACAUUGGACGCCAAGUCUUUAGCAGCAGACCCUGUAGCAGCCCCUAAAGUGGAAGUAGAUCUUUAUUAUGAAUCUCUAUGUCCAUAUUGUAGACACUUUAUUAUCAAUCAACUCUGGCCAGCUUACCAAAAGGUGAAAGAAAUUCUCUCCAUUACGCUGGUACCAUAUGGCAAUGCUUCGGAAAAAAAGACAAAUGGAAGUUAUACAUUUCGAUGUCAACAUGGUGCUAAUGAAUGCUACGGUAACGUUAUAGAGGCGUGUGCAAUAAAGUAUAUGAAAGAUUUUGAUGCACAUUUUCCCUACAUUUAUUGUGUUGAACAAAAUAUUACCCGUGGUCCUGAACAAGCCGCUAGAGCAUGUGCAUUGAACCAGACUAUUAACAUAGAUCAGAUAAUGACGUGUGCUAAAGGAGAUGAAGGUACUAUGCUAGAACAUGAGGCCGCUAAUAAGACCAAAUCUUUAACACCAAAACAAUACUAUGUGCCAUGGAUCCUCUUAAAUGGUGUUCAUACUGAGAGUAUGACAAAAGUAGCUACGACAGAUCUACUGCGACUUGUAUGUGAUACAUAUACGGGUGUUAGACCAACAGCAUGUCCUAAAAGAAAUGGCUUAGUUGGGUGAUUGCAUGAUUAGCCGCUAGAAUAAACAAAUCAAACACUCUCCAUUUAUGUUACUCCACCCCACCCACUCCCCACCAAUCGCAAUGCCUAUUCUUGCCAAAAAGAAAUAUGUCGGCAAUUGUAGUUUAGAGGAGAUUUAGUGCUGUUUUUCGAUAGCGGCGCUUUUUAAAAGGAGAUUGACCGAAGCCACAAAAUAGACCAUGUUUAAUAUAUUCAUACCCCGCGUCUCUUUUAUAUGGAACAGUCGAAGCAGAACAGUGGGACAUUAAACCCCAUUUCAUGUUUUUUAUAUAUAUUAUAC